AUGAAAAAGGCUUUGAAAAAGCGAAAAGUUUUGGCUGUACAAACAAAUGCAGAGUUCGACGCCGCUUCCUUUAUCAGCGGGUUUCAACCAAGAGAAUCUGUUUACGUCUACGCUCCUCGAUCUUUUAAGUAUAACACCGUUUCGAAGACCUGUGUUCUGCAAUUUUGUUCGACCAUCCUUGAGCACUGGUUUAACUUUCCGCCUGUUGACUGCCGAUGGACUGCUUGGUUCAUUCGCGAGUUGAUAGAUUAUCUGGGAGAAGAAGUUCUCAUUUUGGAUUGCGCAUGGGAAGCCGGCCUUCACAUCAAUCAACAUGUUCUUUGUCGCGGCAAGAAUGUUGUUAUCAAGCAGGAGCAUAUCAAAGCGUGGUCUAAGACCUAUCUGUCUAAACAUCAUCUUUGCAAGACUAGUCAUUCACAAGAUCGACAACGGCUGGUGACCAUCAACAACUGGGCUACUUCCCAGCUGACUUUACCUCUUUCUGUACACAGCGACUACUUUCGCCUCCUAGCUUCCAUGCCGCCGAAAUCAUCGAAAGCAUAUCAAAACCCGUCCAGGGCCGCCAGGCCUGCAAAACCCCUAAAAGCAAACCCCGACCCUUCCGCCGCGAGGCCUGACAACUCCUCGAAAGCAAACCCCAACCCUUCCACCGGGCCUGAAAACUCUUCGAAAGCAAACCCCUCCGGGGCUGAAAAUUCCUCGGAACCCCACCUACUUUCAAGAGAAGAGCUGAUUAAGCAAUUGGCUCAGAAAGAAAAAGAGUUAGCAGAGAAAGACAAGGUUGUAAAAGACCUGAAAUAUCAAUUAUCUAAAGACCAAGAGAAUGAUAGGCUAAUACCUUGUCCCGUUGGCCAGGCAGGAUGCGGUGAGGCCUUUGGUGGCUUUAACCUCGAGCUUGCCAUGGGAUUGACAAAAGAACAUUACUUGCGUCUCAAUCGGAUAGUCAAGCUAGCUGCCUUCCAGUACCUGGAUGUUCGCCAACCGUUUAGACGUCAAUCAAGAGACAAGAUAAGAUGUGCAAAAGAACGCGCUAUUAAAAAUGCCAAGGUCUUUCGCGAAUAUAGUCACGCCUGGCCCAUCGACGAAUUUUUGAAACAGUUUCUUAGCCAUUUUUCUGCAACAGCCACCAAAGAUAUAGAGGAUGAAAAGAACUCACAGGAGAAACCUGACCGAGAAGCCAUCAAGAAAUAUAUUAAGGCGUGUGCAACCAUUCAGGGCGCUCGUCUUGAGGUCCUUAGAGAUGAAGCUGGCGAUGGAACGGCUGCUAAUGACUCUGGGCCCGUUGAAGUAGAGAUGGACAAUAUUAGUUGCAGCUUGGACGACGAGGAAAACUUCAAUAAUGUCUUCAACAACGCGAAAGAUGACGAGGGAUGCUCCAAUGACAAGGAAUGCUCCGACAACGAGGAUUUGGCAGGCAAGUCCAAGGAACACCAUCAAGAAGAUACUACUCGUGAAAAGGCAUCAAAACCCGCGCUGAACAGCAACAGUGCAGAAUCAGCUAAACCUCAAGAUUCUCGCACAAAGACCGGUCGGCAAAAAGAGCGUCACGUCUCCCCUUCAUCAACUCCCAAAUCCAAGCCUCCUCCACGAUCGAUUAUGAAGACCCCUGGAUCUGUAACGCGUAAGGCACGCAAGCUUAAGUUUGUUGAGAGCGAGAGCGAUCAAUCCGAUGAAGAGGACAAAGUCUUAAAUUCAAAAGUGACUGCAAAGGCCAAGGCCAACAAGGGUGUCAAGAAUACAGGCAAAGAGCUGCUUCGUUCUAACUCUGAAAUACAGAAUAAGAAUACUGCCCUUCCUGCAAUUGGUUUGACCGCCUUGCCCAGUCCUGUGCAAGAAGAAGCUUCCACUCUCAAGUUCCACUGGCCAACUGCGAAGUCCAAAGCAGGACGAAAACCCGGUUCUUCCAAGCCUGAAGCUCACAAUGAAGUUGAAAAAGAGAAUCGAGCUCCGGCCCCAGAGCCUCUAAAGGCCUCCACACAGUCUGACCCCAACGCUUCAAAAGAGCGUACGUCUAAAGAGAAAUCAAAGGAGAUUGGCUCUUCCACAGCUACUUUGCCGCGUAAAUUUAACGGUACCGUAAGCAAAGUAGUCAAAUCUUUGCAAUCUAUACAUGAGAUUAAGCGUAUGAAACGCUCGGCUGAAGCAGCGAGUCUUGAGGCUGAGGAACUAGCCAAAAAGAAAGCAAAGAAAAAUGACGGUAAUAACGAGGUAUCACAAUCAACGACUAUUCCACCCAGCGAAGACGCUACUUCUGAGGAGAACACGACAUCCCAGGCCAAGGCUACAUCCCAGGAGAACGCUACGUCGAAGGCUACGUCCCAGCCAAAGGCUACGUCCCAGGAGAAGGCUACGUCCCAGCCGAAGGCUACGUUCCAGAAGAAUGAGAUCGUAUUGGAUGGCUUGGAUUACCUUUCUAUCAAAUCAUGCCCUCAUCAAGGUUGUUCUAAAUCCGACGACCCCCAUCACACAAUCCCGCCUGAAGAUGAGAUAGAUAUUUCUUUGAAAAUGAUAAUGAAAGAGUAUGCCGUUGCGCGUGCCCAGUUUCGCCUUGCCAACAAUCGCAACCGUCUCAAGGCAGCCCAGAAUAUGUCCUUCAAAAGCCAGCUCCUCUGCAGCCACCUUUAUUUCAGAUCCAAAGAGAGACUGACAAGUUCGCUGGAUGCUGCACGCAGCAAUGGUUGGCCGGUGGCCGAGAUUGAUUAUGACCAGGUAGCCAACCGUAUCGCUGAGCUUCACGUAAAGCACAAUUUCCCUAUGAUAUUCGAAGGCUCCGGCACGGAUUGUGCAAGAUUUGAAACAUCUCUGCCAUGGCGAAGAUUUGUGGGCUUAAUGCUUCUUAAAUGCGAAACCCCAAAAUUAUCAUUCCUAAAUCAACUAGACAAGAGAGCGCCGUAUUGUUAUAAUGUGGCAUCUGCAGGAUACUAUGGUCCUAUUGUGCGUAGUCUGAUUGCAAGCUAUUGGACUCAGCUUGUUGUAGACGGCGAUUUAAACUAUGUUACCGAGUUGCUCGUCGACAGUACGUUUGACAUAGGUUUGUACAGACUCAAAUCUCCGGUGGAACAGAUCUCUGGACAAGAGGACGCUUUGGCAGCAUAUUCGUCAGAGGAUGCAUAUAGGUUUUGGGAUGAAUUCACAAAUUUAUCAGAAUCUGUGCGUAAAAGUCGUGCGUUCAACGCUGAAUCAUUUUUCAACAUGGUCAUGGUCCCCCACGUUGUCAACCUGCUUAUUAUGGAAGAUAUGAACUGUGCCUACGAUGACGCCGACAAAAUUUGGAGGGAAAGUGCAUCAUUUGGGAAGUUGCAUCACGGUCAUCUUGACGAUAAUGAUGAGAUGAAUUCCGUGGAUAACUUUCUACAUCAAGCCCCAAUAGAGCAAGUACAACCGAGGUGCCAUACUCCUCAGCCAUCAUGCCCUAUUCCUCAAACUCCGCUCCAAGCAGCGGGGGGCAGUAAUUCAUUACAAGCCAUGCAGGCGCAGGCGGAAAAUCAGCUUACAUCAAAACCCCCACGCCUCCAGCGAAAAACUCCCUGCAAGCCAGCAUUCAAUUCUGCAUAUUUGUAUGGCGAGCUUUCUACUAUUACUGAAAUCUCAACGGAUGACAAGAAUCUCCCCUCAAAAAGCAAUAACACCCCGAACAAAAACUCAUCAACAACGGUCAAUAAUGAAACUCAAACUGAUCCUGCAAACCCUUCUACGGAACCCAGCACCAGCCCAAAUGCCCGCAAUGGAGGUGUUUUGGCUGACAAUUUGUCAAAACCGGUUGACGAGAAGGCUGGAAAAAAACGUAAGAGAUGGGCUGCGGAUCCUAACGAGGGCGAAAAGGAGAACUUGGUCUGUCCGUCAGAAGCAUACCACUUGAAGAAGGAAGAAAGGGCUGAAUACGCCGCCGCUACUGUAUGCACUGACGUCGGUGGCAGUCUUUCUUAUUAG